GUAGCAGUGUCUGAAAUGGCCAUGUCCAUGGCCUUCGCAUCAUGGAACCCUCGCUCUACCUAUUCUCCUUUCCCUCGGUUUUGUUCGUUUCAAGCUCCUCUUCCUCUCUCAUCUUCUAUUUUAUCUGGUUCUCCGCCUAUUAAGUUCUCUUCUUUCCGAGUUUACUCAAGGUUUCGCAGCAAUGAGGUUCGAAGCAGCAACGGAGAAGCUCCAAGUGUCAAUCCUACUGCCGGAGUUGCAGUUUACAAGCCCAAAUCCUAUGAAGUACUUGUCUCUGAUGCUACCGACUCUCUCAUUUAUGCUCUCGAAGACGGGAAGACCCGUUUGGAGAUUGAUUUCCCACCCUUGCCGAGCAACUUCUCUUCUUACAAGGGAUCUUCAGAUGAGUUCAAUGAUGCCAAUAUCCAAUUAGCCUUAGCUGUUGUCAGGAAGCUCCAAGAAAAGAAAGGCACCAGAUCUUGCAUUGUGUUUCCAGACAAGCCAGAAAAGCGCAGGGCUACUCAGCUCUUCCAAACAGCUUUCGACACAAUUGAUGGUGUAACCAUAGGUUCCUUGGACGAUAUCCCCAGUGGGCCUGUUUCCUCAUUCUUCAAAUCUAUCAGAAGCACCUUAGACUUUGAUUUUGAAGACGAUAAUGAAGGUCGCUGGGAGUCUGACAAACCACCAUCAUUGUUCAUCUUUAUUAAUUGUAGCACACGUGAACUUUCUGUGAUAGAGAAGUAUGUGGAUGAAUUUGUUAAAUCUACCCCUGCCCUUCUUUUCAAUCUUGAACUUGACACGUUGCGCGCUGACUUGGGUCUUUUGGGGUUUCCUACCAAGGAUUUGCAUUACCGGUUUCUUUCUCAGUUCAUUCCUGUGUUCUACAUUCGAAUUAGAGAGUACUCAAAGACAAUUGCAGUUGCACCUUAUAUCGUAAAUUACAGUGGUGCGUUGUUUCGCCAAUACCCUGCGCCUUGGCAGGUGAUGCUUAAACAAGCUGAUGGUUCUUAUGCUUGCAUUGCUGAGAGUGCUGCUCGCUUCACUUUGGGUGAAACAAAGGAAGAACUGUUGAGGGUUCUUGGUCUACAAGAAGAACAGGGAAGUUCACUGGAAUUUCUUCGAAGAGGCUAUAAGAGCGCGACGUGGUGGGAGGAAAAUGUCGAAUUGGAGUUAUCGUCUGCAUGGCGUAAUUGAGCAGCAGCAACAAGCUGAACUACUUAAACAAAGAGGGGCCUACAGUGUCAUGAAGAGUGUCAUGGGCUGUAUGCUGUAGAGUUUCAAAGAUCAGAGGUCGAUGAAGGCAGCAAUUCCAGGUGGACCCUCUGUACAGGUGGCAUCCAUGCCAUGUAUCAUACGUGGUGUCGAUUUGUAUUAAUAUUUUCCCUCCAUGGACUGAGGCUGCUACAAUCAUUUGUUUUCUUCUGUACACCCUCUCACAA